UUUCCUGCUCUGGACCAACCAAUGCCCUCGUCCUUCCUCCAGGCACCUGUACACUGAAGUUGAAGUUGGUCAGAGCUCAGGCAGCCCAAGAAGCUUCGCGGUUCAGCCACAAGGGGUGGGAGCUGCCUGGUGACUGCUAUUUUGAGAGCCCCAAACAUUUGAAAAGGUUUGCAGAUGGCACCUAGGAGAUCUUGACUUGUCCUGAGGAAGUAUUGUUUUACUGGAUUUACUGUCCAGCUGUUACCCAAUUGACCAUGAUCCAGCCAAACUCCGUUGAUGACCCGGAUUCCAGCCCUUACCCGCUAUGUGUGGUUUGCGGCCAAGCCCACUCCCCCGAGGAAAACCAUUUCUAUACCUACUCUGAAGAUGUGGACGAUGACCUUAUCUGCCACAUCUGCCUGCAAGCUUUGCUGGACCCUUUGGACACUCCCUGUGGACAUACCUACUGCACCGUGUGCCUCACCAACUUCCUGGUGGAGAAGGACUUCUGUCCCGUGGAUCGCAAGCCUGUGGUCCUGCAGCACUGCAAGAAGUCCAGCAUUCUGGUCAACAAGCUGCUCAACAAGCUGCUGGUCACCUGCCCUUUCACAGAGCACUGCUCGGAGGUGCUGCAGCGCUGUGAUCUCCAGCACCACUUCCAAACCAGCUGUAAAGGUGCCUCCCACUAUGGCCUGACCAAAGACAGGAAGAGGCGCUCGCAAGAUGGCUGCCCAGAUGGCUGCGCCAGCCUCACAGCCACGGCGCUCUCCCCAGAGGUCUCUGCGGCUGCCACCAUCUCCUUAAUGAUGGACGAGCCUGGCCUAGACAACCCUGCCUACGUGUCAACGGCCGAGGAUGGUCAGCCAGCCAACAGUCCCUUGGACUCUGGCCGGAGCAACCGAACUAGAGCCCGGCCCUUUGAGCGGUCCACUAUCCGAAGUAGAUCUUUUAAAAAAAUUAACCGAGCUUUGAGUGUUCUUCGGAGGACAAAGAGUGGGAGUGCAGUUGCCAAUCAAACUGACCAGGGCAGGGAACAUCCUGAAAAUCCCACUGCCCCUGAAGUCUUUCCAAGGCUGUAUCACCUGAUUCCAGAUGGUGAAAUUACCAGCAUCAAAAUCAAUCGAGUGGAUCCCAACGAAAGCCUCUCCAUCAGGCUUGUGGGAGGCAGCGAAACCCCACUGGUCCAUAUCAUUAUCCAACACAUUUAUCGUGAUGGAGUGAUUGCUAGAGAUGGCCGGCUGUUGCCAGGAGACAUCAUCCUCAAGGUCAACGGAAUGGACAUCAGCAACGUCCCCCACAACUACGCUCUGCGCCUCCUGCGACAGCCCUGCCAGGUCCUGAGGCUCACCGUGCUGCGAGAGCAGAAGUUCCGAAGCAGGAGCAAUGGACAGGUGUUGGACUCCUACGGACCUCGGGAUGACAGUUUCCAUGUGAUUCUCAACAAAAGCACCCCCGAGGAGCAGCUGGGAAUAAAACUGGUGCGCAAAGUGGACGAACCUGGGGUGUUCAUCUUCAAUGUGCUGGAUGGGGGCGUGGCGGACCGACACGGCCAGCUGGAGGAGAACGACCGCGUGCUGGCCAUCAAUGGACAUGACCUCCGAUAUGGCAGCCCAGAGAGCGCGGCUCAUCUGAUUCAGGCCAGCGAAAGGCGCGUCCACCUCGUCGUGUCCCGCCAGGUUCGACAGCACAGCCCAGACAUCCUUCAGGAAGCCAGCUGGAUCAGCAAUGGCAACUGGUCCCCAGGCCCAGGCGACAGGAGCAACACUCCCAAGCCCUUCCAUCCUGCAGCCACCUGUCACGAGAAGGUGAUAAAUGUUCGAAAAGACCCCAGUGAAUCUCUCGGCAUGACCGUUUCAGGGGGAGCAUCGCAUCGGGAAUGGGACUUGCCUAUCUACGUUAUCAGCGUUGAACCUGGAGGAGUCAUAAGCAGAGAUGGAAGAAUAAAAACAGGUGACAUUUUGUUGAGUGUCAAUGGGACUGAGCUCACAGAAGUCAGCAGGAGUGAGGCAGUUGCCUUACUGAAAAGCACGUCCUCCUCGGUGGUACUCAGAGCCUUGGAAGUCAAAGAACAGGAGCCCCCAGAAGAUGGCAGCAACCCAGCCGCCCUGGACUCCAACCACAACAUGACCCCACCCGGUGACUGGGCCCCGUCCUGGGUCAUGUGGCUGGAAUUACCACGGUACUUAUAUAACUGUAAAGAUGUUGUAUUACGAAGAAACACAGCUGGAAGCCUGGGCUUCUGCAUUGUAGGAGGUUAUGAAGAAUACAAUGGAAACAAACCUUUUUUUAUCAAAUCCAUUGUUGAAGGAACACCAGCAUACAAUGAUGGAAGAAUUAGAUGUGGUGAUAUUCUUCUUGCUGUCAAUGGUAGAAGUACAUCAGGCAUGAUACAUGCUUGCUUGGCAAGGAUGCUGAAAGAACUUAAAGGAAGAAUUACCCUCACUAUUGUUUCUUGGCCUGGCACUUUUUUAUAAAAUCAAUGAUGGGCCUCAGAAAAACAAAAAUCACAAAUAGGCUAAGUUGAAGCAAUGUAUUUAUCAAGUUUUAUAUUUAAAGAAUUCAUUGUAAAAAUGUAAAAAAAAAAAAAAAUGACCUAAUGAAAGCCAGUUACACCUCAGAGAAUAUUCUCAAAAUAAAAACCACUAUUAAUAGUUUUUAA